CCUCCAUCUUUCUUGUGCGAACUUUCGGUGAAUUAACACGCGGUGCGAAGGCACGAAUAAAAAUAUCGAAAAAUGGGUCGUAUGCACGCUCCUGGCAAGGGUAUUUCCCAAUCCGCGCUCCCGUAUCGUCGUUCCGUGCCGUCGUGGCUGAAGUUGAACGCCGAAGAUGUGAAGGAGCAGAUCAAGAAGCUCGGCAAAAAGGGCAUGACUCCGUCGCAGAUCGGCAUCAUUCUGCGGGACUCCCAUGGUGUGGCUCAAGUGCGCUUCGUCAAUGGCAACAAGGUGCUGCGUAUUAUGAAGGCGGUCGGCCUCAAGCCUGACAUUCCGGAGGAUCUGUACUUCCUGAUCAAGAAGGCCGUGGCCAUCCGCAAGCAUUUGGAGCGCAACCGCAAGGACAUCGACAGCAAGUUCCGUCUGAUUUUGAUCGAGUCGCGCAUCCACCGUCUGGCCCGCUACUACAAGAUCAAGGCAGUGCUGCCCCCGAACUGGAAGUACGAAUCGAGCACUGCUUCCGCUUUGGUUGCCUAAGAAGGAAAGUGGUGUACAGUUCUGUGACCUGGUGAACGAGUUGGUCUAUCUUCAACAUCGGAAGUGAAAUGUUGGAAAUACAAUAAUACAUAAACAGCUGGUGUCUGGAUGGUGCCAGGUUCUCUACACAA